AACAGAGUAAUCAGUUGAACGUAACCAAAAUUCAGAACUACAUCGAUACAUUAGAAUUGAAAACAAUCUGAGCAAAAUUAAAGGGGGCUGAUUUUGCGAAUAGAAUUAACUCAUCCCAAGAUGAAAUUAAACUUUAUACAUUAAUUUACGCAGUAAAUGACAAUAUGUUUACGCGUUACUAAGCAAACCGCGUGUUAUAAAUAUGGCGCUUCAGUUAACUUUUUUUCAUUUUACUUUGCUACUCACAGUCUCUGUAAUCACUCAUGUCUCAACUGGCGGAAUUGGUAAAAUUCAUAUUGGUGAAUCUCGAAAUUCAACCACUAGCAGUACCAAAUUUUAUAGCUGGCCGUAUUAUCAGAAGACAGGUCUCCUACCAAUAUAUUUAAGUGUCCAAAAUCAUAGCAUUGAUUCUGACGUUUUAGAUCUCACUGAAAAUGUAACUGUUUACUGUCAACAAGAUCCAAGCACCAAUGGGUUUAGUUUGGUUCAGUUCUCACCUUUAUACUUGAUCCCUCCUAUCACAGAAGGCUAUGUCUCAGUAGAAUUUCUACGUCCUGGUCGGCCUGUUAAUGUUCAAUGCUUCGGUACAUCUGAUCCUAUUGGUGCAUCAAGGAAUUUAAGCCUUAAUCCGCAGUUCUUAAAUGAUACAUCUCUCAGCAAACCCAGGUUGCUGGUUAUUAAGAAGUCACCAGUUGUAAAUAUUUGCAACUCUAGCAUCAUUAUUCCUUUAAGAAACCAAUCCAGAAAUAUAACUGGUGUUAUUAGUGCCAUGUUCAGUGAAUCAACUAUUUCUUCAGUAACUGUGGUUUGUCAACAAGAAGUGGUUUCUGAACAAGUAGUUUGUCAACAAGAACAGAAUGUUUCAGAUUGGAAUACCAUGCAGAUAAUGUUAGAAAAUUUGACUGUCCCUAACAAUUCCAAGUCAUUUGAAAUUUCAUACACAGUUAAAGAACUUGGUUCUCCAGUGCAAGUUUACUGUGAAGCUAACAGUAGUGAAGGAAACCAGUAUCUUCUUUCAACAUCAAGGGGAUAUCCAACACGUUUUCAACAAAAUCAAGUAUUUCUAAAUUUUCAUCCUUCAACCCUUAAAGUGAAAACUCUAUCAUUUCAGGUGUAUUUAAGUUACACAACUCUUAUUAUUGAAGAUAUUAUGAACUCUAUUAUCCAAUGUAAUGUGGUGACAGUAGAUUGCUCUCAAAGCAUUGCAGCAGUCUCAAAAUGUUUUCCAGUUCCAUCUGUGGCAAACAACACAUUUAAUGAUAGCAGUGGAAUUCAAAAGGAAAUUUCUGACAAUGUUUGGGAACUUGAUGAAAGAAUUUUUAAGGUUAACAAUGGACCAUUUUAUAAAUUAUUACAACUAAAAAGAACAAGUAUUGUGGAGGCUGACAUAAAAGAAACAGUGAAAAUAAACUGCUUUGUGGUCUCAGUACCAAACAUAAAUGCAACCUUCAGUGCAUUUGUCUCUUUAAAACCUUCUGUUGAAUAUAAUAUAUCAAGUAUCAGUUUACAACUAGAAGCACAUACGUUAAAUAAUAUCGACCCUCUAAGUAAGAAGUUUGUGCCAUGUUCUUGUGAUCUGAAAGGGAUGAUGUGUGACAUCAAUUGUUGCUGUGAUUCUGAUUGCCAAGAUUUCCAAGAAUUAAACUUGAAUCAGUGUCCUAAAGAAGAUACAGAGCAAAUUCUCUCGACUCACUUAUGUGAAACACAAAUGUCCUCGAGCAUAGUUUCUGAUUUAAAUUCUUGGUUCUGUGUUGUUAAGAAAGAUAAUGCUUUCCUUGGUAUAUACUACAACAACCAUCUGUUUAAUCUUGAUCCCACAUCUUUCAGAGAAAUAUGGUCUGAAACUUAUUCUUACAGAGAAAAAAAUACUCCUCAAAGUUCUUUGGAUGAAGGAAAUGAAAAUCUGAUAAAUAAUGGUCGUUCAUCAGCAACUAAUUAUUUACCUCAAAAGAUAUUCACUGGUCAAUGCAUUACAUCAGCUCCUCUCCCUUACCUUGUAAAUAUAACUUCUGAUUGCACUUCUAACAUAGACAAUGACAUCUGUUCAAGAAGUUCUGUAUUAAGUGCUAUGUCUUAUGUUCUGCCAACCUCACUAAUUGACUCAAAUUGUGUUGCACCUUCUAAUAAUAUUCUUACUGAUGUUAAUUACUUCUGUGCUAAAAAUGUAAAUUCCUAUGUAAAAACCUAUAACACUGCAGUCUAUGAUUGGAAAGAAGAGUUUAAUAAAUCUGUAAAUGGAAACAAACUUUUUGAAACACGUUGUUCUUGGGAUGACAGUUAUACAAAACCACCUGUUCCUACUGUUAAAAAAAGGCAAAAUGAAGUAUUUUGUGAUAAUGUUGUUCUUCAAGUUAAUUAUCAGUAUACAUGGAACAAAACAGGAAUUACUUUCUUAAAUGUAUCAAUUAUUCUGGGAAAUGUUUCUAUAUCCAAAAUUAAUCAAAGUAUGGAAGAAAGAAAUGUAUCUAAAACAGGAUCAAAUGAUAAUAACACCUGUCAAAAUGAAAGCAUCACUCAUUUAACACAACAUUUUCAAGUAUAUUACAUCAAUUAUAACCAAUCUGGAAGUAAACUUCCAAAUGGCCAAUCAGAAAAUCCAGGUUAUCUUCCUGGCAGACCCGUUCAGAGUGGAAUUACUAUUCUUAACAACACAAAAUCCUUCCUUUUUAUUGACCAAAACAGAACUCAACAAAUAUUUGUUUGGAAUCCAGAUCCUUCUGGCUUUUGUGCUCUUGCCGGCAAGAGACAGAUUAUGUUUGGUGAAGAUAUUUAUUCCAGUUGUUUUAUUCCUUUGAAACAAGUUGAUAAUUGUGAAACAUUAAGAAAAGAAGUUUUAUAUUUGCUGAACCGGCUGAUACCAGCUGAUAGAAUUGGACGUUUUCAACAUAACGAUGGAAGUAUUGAAUCCCACUGGAUUAAAAUACUUAGGCCAAAUAUCUCUGAAAUAUUUCCUGAUACAUCAAACAGUAGUAAUUCUAGAAAUAUCAAUAAUAAUUCUAACCAAACCAAUAUUUUUCACCACAUUUUAAUGCCAGUAACAUUAAAUGCUGCAUCAAAGAUUCAAGCUAGUUCUUGUGAUUUAAUGCCAGUUGGUAUUAAACUGAGCAUAAUGUAUGCUCAUACUGGUUAUGUUCAUGGCAUAGUGAUCAACGAAAUUAUUGGAGCAAAAAUUAGUUAUUCUUAUAACAACUGGACAUUUCAUUGCAAUGACUUGCAUUUAGUGUCCUGUUUUAUCAAACCAAAUAUCAAAGCAGAAACCAAAGAAGAUUCCCAACUGUUUACCCUGUCUGUUGCAGUUAAUUUUAUUCAUGUUCCACCGGUACCACCUAAACCAACAAUAAGGAAUUAUGAUUUCUACAAAAUAAAACAGUGCUGGAUGAACAGCUGUUGGCAAGAAAUCCUCUAUCCUUUAACGAUUCAAAAAACAUUUGAUGAGUAUGCUUAUAAUUUGGUCACAUAUCUUACGUUUCUCUUCAUUUCACUCAUUACCAUAACACAAUCUUGGUUUCUAUUAGACUUCUAAAAUUCAUAAAAGCUCAGUAAAAGACUUUUUUGUUGACACUAAUAAACAUGGGGUAGUAUUUUAGUCGAAGGCAUAUGGCCUAGUGAUUAAGCUCUUUGGCUCAUGAUCAUAAUGAUGUGGGUUCAGUUGCUCAACUAGGCAGUGUAUCCUUGAACAAGGCACUUCACGUUGCUCCAGUAUAUUACAACUGGAAAUGAAGUAUCAGUUUCAUACUGGUAUGGUUCUCCUUUUUUGGCUGCCACCUCCUGGAUGUUCCUCUGGGUCAAAAAACGGGAGCCUUGAGAGAGUUAAUAGUUGCUUGUGACUAAAUGAAUAGCAAAAGCAUGGUAAUGGGCUGGCCCUAAGUAUUGUAGCUGCUUUUAAAAUUUAAUUACUGAGUCGUUAAAUUUUUCGGUAUUUAUUAUGCUGGCCAUAUACAACGCCAACUCCUCUACAAACUUGUCUCAAAUGUCAACAUAUAAGGUAUAGAAACAUCACUCCAACCCAACAAAACAACAGAUUCUGAUCACCAUUUCUAGUUUGUUCUUACCAUUUCAAUGUUUUCCUUUCUACAUGAAUCAGCCCCAAGGUAUGGGGGGAAAUGACUAAUUACUUUAAGUCUCUUCCCAAAGACCAACAGAGACUUGCUCUCUUAAUGUUUCAUGUUGUUGUUGAAAAGUGGAGGUGCAAUGGUCCAGUGGUUAAGGCAGCAGGAUCGCAGUUUCGAUUUCCAGACUGGGCUUUGUUUAUUGAGUGAAAACACCUAAAUCUCCAUGACACUCCAGCAGAGGGUGGUGGUGAACCCUGCUUGUACUCUUUCACAACUUUCUCUCGUACUUGUAUUUCGAAGGAUCAGCCUUGUCAUACACUGAAUCUCCCGGAGAACUAAGUUAAAGGUACACAUGUCUGUGGUGUGCUCAGCCACUCGCAUGUUAAUUUCAUGAGCAAGCUGUUCCAUUGAUCUCACCAACUGGAACCCACGUCGUCAUAACCGACGGAGUACUACGUGUUGUUGAUAGCAAUGUUGCUUUCUUUGAUAUUAGCAAAACCUUUAACCAGGUCCAUCAUGAGAAAUUUCUCACAUCACCCAGUUCUGAACAAGGCAGUGUCUUAUAAUUAUAAGUUAUUAGAAUACACCAAACUAAUUUCAAGAAUUUAACUAUCCUUUUCCUGUUACAAUUAAUAGUCCUAUUUUUUACAAUUCUCUGUUCAAAAUCCUAUGUUCUGUUUUUCUAGCAUAAAAUUUUUUAGACUAUUAAUGUUUUUCAUGAAGCUCAAAUUAAUUUAAAGACCAUUAAAAUAGAUGUAUUUUUUUUCUGUCACAUUAAUAGUCCAAUGCGAAACAAAGUUAAUGCAAGGGUGUUACAAUACUUAAGCGUCACAAGAUAAUGUCACAUUCUCUUACAAAACUCAAGUGCAACCCACAGCAAAAUUGUUUCAUACACCCACAGCCUAGAAUGUUGCCAUUUUUAAGUGUUUAAUUUAUUGAUAGUUUGUUCAACCAUGGACAACGAACAUUAAAUAAAAUAGAUUUAGUACAUUGUUUUCCUAAUAAAAGUGGGGGGGAAAACUUUACAACUUUGUUUUAUACACACCCCUAAUUUUUAUCUUGAUUUGGUAGAAGGUGGAGGAAAAAUAGUAUACAUAACACUGAGUUUUG